AUGGUUAUUAUAAAUUUAAAUUUUAUAUUAAUAAUUACUAUUUUCAUUUUAAUUACUAAUUACAAUAAUAAAGUAUUUUCAAAAUCAUCUAAAGGUUCAGUAAACAGAUUACGUUCAAAGGGAAAAUUAUCUCAUGUCUCUUCAAAAGAUAAUCCAUUUGGUUCUGGUCCAGGAAUACCUAUUGCUGGAGCAGGAAUCUACAGUCUAAAAAAUAAAUAUUCAGAGGACAAAGAAGAUGAUGUUUCACAGGAAAAAUUUUUAACUUUACAUAAUGAAAGUACAAGUACAAAUAUUGAUGUUGGUGAUGAGAAUGAAGAAAUUGAAUAUGAAGAUGUUUAUGUUGAGGAAUAUCAUCCUGAAGAAGAAAAUCUUAAAAAUAAAGAAAACAUAAAAAGUGAAUCUCAUACUGAUAUUUUAAAUACACUUCUUAAUAAUGGUUAUGAUUGGAGAGUCCGACCUCCAGGAACUAAUCUUUCAAUACCAGGAACACAUGGUCCUGUCAAAGUAUCUGUUAAUCUUUUGAUUAGAUCAAUUUCAAAGAUUGAUGAUGUAAAUAUGGAGUACUCUGUUCAAUUAACGUUCAGGGAAGAAUGGGUAGAUGGUAGAUUAGCUUAUGGUUUACCUAAUGAUAAUAAACCAGAUUUUUUUAUCUUACCAAUUGGUUUACAAUUAUGGAUGCCUGAUAGUUUUUUUCAAAAUGAAAAACAGGCACAAAAGCAUAGUAUUGAUAAACCAAAUGUUAUGAUAAGAGUUCAUAAAGAUGGGAAAAUUUUAUAUUCUGUACGAAUUUCACUUGUUUUAUCAUGUCCAAUGCAUCUCCAAUAUUACCCAAUGGAUGUACAACAAUGUCUUAUAGACCUUGCAUCAUAUGCUUACACAGAUGCUGAUAUUGAAUACCAAUGGAAAGAGGAUAAUCCAGUACAAAAAAAGAAAGGCCUUGAGUCUUCUUUACCAUCAUUUCAAUUAUCUAAUGUUUCAACAACAUAUUGUACUUCAAAAACAAAUACUGGAUCAUACUCAUGUCUUCGUACUAUUUUAACUUUUCAGAGACAAUUUUCAUAUUAUCUUUUACAAUUAUACAUUCCAAGUUGUAUGUUAGUAAGUGUUUCAUGGAUUAGUUUUUGGCUGGAUAAAGGAGCAAUUCCGGCUAGGACCUCUUUAGGUGUGACAACAUUAUUGACAAUGACAACACAAGCUUCUGGUAUAAAUGCUAAACUUCCUCCUGUCUCUUAUACAAAAGCAAUAGAUAUAUGGAUUGGUGCUUGUUUAACAUUCAUUUUUGGAGCUUUAUUAGAAUUUGCAUGGGUUACAUAUAUUUCAUCAAGAUCAUUUUAUAAAUCAAAAAAAUCAGAAAAUAAAAAUCUUUUAUUAAAGUACAAUACAAAUCCAAUACCUGGUAAUAAUCAAAAUCAAGGAUAUUCAAAUACAACUACAUCGUUAUUAAUACCAAACAAUGGUACUAUGAUGUGUGUAACACCUGAUCCAUCUGAUAUUUGGAUAAAACAAAAUAAUCUAAAUUCUGCAUCAAUAACAAUACCACAAUCUAAUCAAAAUGAAGUUUUAUUAAUGUAUGAUAAUAAAAAGCAAACAAAUAAUCCUACAACAAAAAUAAUAACAAUAUUAAAAAAAUUUGUUAUUAUUAAUUGGCUAUCAAGAAAACUUGAUAUUGCUGAUAGAGCUAAAAGAGCAGACUACAUAUCAAGAUUUUUGUUUCCAUUUCUUUUUGUUUUAUUCAAUAUAAUGUAUUGGACGACAUAUACACGAUACAAACCUGAUAGCUUAUUAGUAUAA